AUGACAAUAUCUAAUACUACGACAUAUAGCUUUCAAAUUGCUAAUAUUUAUGCUUCAGUUAUAAUAACUAUAGCUGCAGUUGGCUUAAUCGCCAAUACUUUGAUUAUAUACAUCUUUAUAAGCGACAAAUACUUUCGUAAGAUAACUUACAAUUUGAUGCUGAUUUGCGCAAUUUCCGAUGCAGUAUCGAAUAUAUCGGGACUCAUUUCUAAUGGAAUGCUACUGGGAAUAAGCAUGAAUCAAUCUUAUACCAUGGGCACAGUAUGUAAGAUAUCUGGAAUAAUUAUUAACAUUUCAUAUGGUGUUUCCAUUUUUAAUUUAUGCUUAAUUAGCAUAGAUCGAUAUUUUGUCAUCGUUAGACCGUUAAAUAACUUUUAUAGAACUAAUAAAAAGAAGAUUGUUAUUAUUAGCGAAAUAUUUAUUUGGUUAUUAUCAGGAUCAAUAGCCAUACCUGAUACGGUUUACCUUCAAUCUCAGGAUGAGAAUGAAUAUACGAGUAUGUGUGAUUAUCCCAAUAUGACAGUAUCGGUUGGAGUAUAUUUGGUUUCAUUCUCCGUCUUCUAUUACAUAUUGCCUUCGAUGGCUAUUAUCAUUAUUUACUGGCGAAUCAUACUGUUUCAGCAGAAUUAUAUUAGACCCGGGCAACAACUACAGCAGAUGCAACAUGCAACAUCUAAUAAAUACAAGCUAGUUAAAUCGUUAAUUAGUAUCUCAUCUUUUUACGUAUCGGCCACAUUCCCCUUCUUCCUAGUCUUAUUCGUAUGUGGUGUAACCAGGACACCUAUGUUACAGAUACAAAGAAGUAAUCCAGGGCUUUUUACGGUAUGCAUGCUGUCUCUGACUACCGCCAAUAACAUCACAGUCCUAAGUCCGUUUCUAUAUCUAAAAUUUGAUGGAAAUAUUCGCAAAAGAUUUCAUGAGAUAUUGAAAAAUCUACAUGGCACUAACAAAAGAGGAAGCUGA